GUGGUGAGCAGCAAUCUGGUGUAGAGGAGUAGAAAGAAGCGGACCGGACCCAGAGAGAUUCCUCCGCGUGUGUGUGUGCGUGUUUUCCUCCCGCCUGUGAAGCUCUGGAUGGCCGGUUAACCAGCCAGUAAACCCCCCUCCCUCUCCAGUCCUCCACAUACUUCAGAUGUGCGCUUUCUGACGCGACAAAGCGGAUAUAUACUUGUUUUACUUUUUGUUUUUUGUUUACUGGAGUCACAGAGAAGAGCUACAAGAUGAAAUACAAAAACCUGAUGGCCAAAGCGUUGUACGACAAUGUGCCGGAGUCCCCCGAGGAGCUGGCCUUCCGUAAAGGGGACAUCCUGACCGUUAUUGAGCAGAACACGGGGGGCCUGGAGGGCUGGUGGCUCUGCUCCCUGCACGGCCGCCAAGGCAUCGCUCCUGGCAACCGUCUGAAGCUGCUGAUCGGACCCAUGUUCGAGGCUCAGUCGCCGGCCGCUGCCGCCGCCGGCCGGUCAUCUCCUCAGAGCGCGGCCUAUCAGCAGAAGCCUGGCUCGGGGUCUGAGGGGAUCUACCAGGUGCCACCUUCUAUCCAGAGUCCACAGCAGAGUCAGCAGAGCAUCUACCAGGUUCCUCCCGGACAAGACGUCUACCAAGUCCCUCCGAGGAGUACUCUAGCUGCCGAUAACACCCCGAGCAAGGUGUACGAUAUUCCACCUGGUCAGAUGUUCCCCGGUGCCAGAAACCAAGGCGUGUACGACGUCCCUCCGUCCCAAAUGGACGCCAGGACGCAGGGCGUUUAUGACAUACCUCCCUCCUCACAAGGGGUCUACUCGGUGCCUCCCUGCAGGACCAACCCCGCUCUCCAGGAGGGAAACUAUGACUUCCCGCAGCCUCUCAAACAGAAACAGGAAGGCAUCUACGACAUACCGCCACCUGUCCUCACCAAGCCCGCACAGUCGCAUUACGAUUUCCCUCCGAGUGCAGAGCCUCCCAACCAUCACCAACACCCAAACACCAACGGCAACGAAGGCAUUUACGACGUGCCUCCCCCGACCCUUCACUCUGGGGCAUCUCAGAGGGACGUAUACGACAUCCCCCGGGGCAUGCAGCUCCCCCAGCACAGAACCUCGCCUGCUGACAGAGACGGCAGCAAAGGCAUCUAUGACAUCCCCGCUCAGGAUGCUCGUGCAGUAGCAGACGUGACGGACGGCGUGAACCGUCUGUCGUUCUCCAGCACCGGCAGCACGCGCAGCAGCAUGUCCACCUCCUCAUCCUCCACGGGCUCCAGCUCCGAGGCCCGCCUCGUUCUCGAUGUGGAUGCUGCCAUCCAGAGGUUGUACCGCCUGCAGCAGGGCGUGGAUGUCUCAGUCGGGGCGUUACAUUCAAUGGCAGCUUCCCCUCACUGGAGGACUUUUCCCUUCAUGGAGCGGCACGCUAACGACGUCCGCACUGUGCUGGACAGGGUCCGGGCUGCUCUGGGGGACUUUGUUGUGUUUGGUAGAGGGGCUGCGGCAAACGCCACAGCUCUAUCAGACUCCAGCCUGCACAGUAAGCUGAGGAGGCAGCUGGGACGCCUGGAGGACUCGCAGCAGAUCCUCCUGCAGAUCUACCAAGUCCUGGAGAACUGCAGCUGGGCUCUGAAUGCCCUGGCGUCCUCCAGCAAGCACCACAACAAGAGCGACGACUUGGAUCGCUUUGUCAUGGUCUCCAGGACUGUUCCCGACGAUGCCAAGCAGCUGGCCUCCACAAUAGGCAGCAAUGCUGAGCUGCUGUUUAGACGGACGCACAUGGACGGGUCUUUCUCUAUCGGGAGCACGCCUGAUGAGAACACGAUCCACCCGCUCACAUCCCCCUCCUCUGACAACGACAACUACGGAGGCCAGACCAAGCCCUUCCCCGUGCCCUCCAGCAAGGACAAAGACAACAUGAACAACAGCGAGAAGUGUGUGAAGAGCUGGAUGGAGGACUACGAUUAUGUUCAUCUGCAGGGCAAAGACGACUUUGAGCGUCAGCAGAAGGAGCUGUUGGACAAAGAGAACAUUAUCAAGCAAAGUCAAGUCCAACUGGGCCAAGAACAGAUCAAUCAGUUCAAGAAGCUGGAGCAGGAAGUGAUCAAACCUGUGGAGAAUGACAUCACACAGUGGAUCUCACACCAACACUCGGGCAUAACCUCGGCCUCCCCCUCGGACUCCUCCUCCUCCCUGUCCCCAUCCACGCACGUGUGCGCCCGUGACCGCCAGCUCCUCGGCUUCUACUCGGAGCAGUGCGAGCAGCACUUCGUCACGCUCCUCAGCGCCGUGGACGCCUUCUUCGGCUGCGUGAGCGCCGGGCAGCCCCCUCGCAUCUUCGUGGCGCACAGCAAGUUCGUCAUCCUCAGCGCCCACAAACUGGUCUUCAUCGGAGACACUCUGUCCAGGCAGGCCUCGGCUCCCGAGGUGGCCAACAGGGUGAUGAACUCCAGUAACGUGCUGUGUGACUUGUUAAAGACGGUGGUGGCUGCGACUAAAAUGGCCGCCCUGAACUACCCGAACACGGCCGCCAUCCAGGACAUGGUGGACAGAGUCACUGACCUCUCUCACCACGCGCAGCAGUUCAAAGAACAGUUGCUGCAGUUGGCCAAUUUGUGAUUUUUAACCAUGUUGCUCCAGUACAUCUCACCACAGACUCCACGUGUACAUUAAUCCAGCAUAAAUAUAUAUAUUUACUUUAUAUAUAUAUAUAUAUUGCUCUUCAUCUUUAAGCCUGUUUUUGUUGUAAAUAGUCUGUUCUGUAAAUAUUUGCUCUAUUUUUGUGUAGAUUGUUUUAUAUUAUGGUAUGAAUAUAUAUAUAUAUAUAUAUGUAGAUGCAGUAUUGGUGUCUCUGUAGGAUUAUGUAGACGUUUUUCAUAACAUUCCUGUCGCAUAUUAUGAAGCACCUUAUGAGAUGAGUUCCGUUGUUUUGUUUUUUUGUUUUGUCAUUUUUACCUGUAGAAUGUCGUUGAUGUGUCUUACUGCUGGGUGUGACGGUAAAUCUCCUUGUAAAUCAUGUUGAUGUCGAUAUGUGCGUGGACCUCUCCACAGAGUAAAGACUGUUCUUAACCGUG